UUUAUAACUUUAUUUGAGUUAAUGUAACAAUAUUCAUCAGUUCAAAGCAGAAGUUUUUAAGUUCUUUAUAUAUGUAUCUUUGUAAAUUUUAUCUAUAUUAUUGGUGCCAAUUCUGCUCUUCCCCAACUCUCAGUUCUUUUCAGUGAUAAUUUGAAGUGGCGAAUUUCAGUAUUUCUUGCAAAAUUUUCACUAUUACAUAUUUUUGAUGAGGAUUGCAUACUUUAUUAUAGUUCAUUAAAUCUAGUAGCUCAAACACAUCUGCAACAUCCCAAAGAAUUUGAAACUCCCAGAAUUCAAUUAUAUAAAACUAUCAUGGAAAAAGUUAAAUGUGCGGAAGGGAUUGUAACAACGUUUCAGUACAAUAUUGGACAUUUUGUCUUUGUUUUGUCAAAUUGGAGAAUGGAGUGGACUAAAUUCAGCAGAUAAGAAUCAAGUCGCACCAAGUCGGGUCUAAGAAAUAGAGAUUUGAAGUUUUAACUCUUUACAGCACUUGAUGUUUAAGACAAAAUUUUACCCCUUUUUUACAAUUCAAUAUUCUUUCUUAACUUUGAAUUUUCGACAAAAUCAACUGUUCGACUGGUUUAGCUUAAAACUACUAGUGGCUGAAAACAAGGUGGUAAGAUAGUGCUAUGUCACCACUUGCAGGAAAGCAUGCCAACAAGCAUGGCCUUGCUUUCCUGCAAAGUUAUGUGGACCCAGCACUAUUCUCACACUUUGUUACAUACAGUUAGGGCCACAUUUUUUGGUGUUUCUUUCUUGUUAAGUCUGAAAAUAGAAAAUCAAAAUUUUGAAAUUAUGGUCAUAGUGACAUCAGCUUGUCCUCUGAAAGUGAUGUAGCAGUCUGAUGAUGGAUCUUGAGCACCAUUACCAACAAACAAACCUCAUGGGAAAUAAACAGCAAAAAUAUGUUGCAGAGAAAAUUUUAAUGCAAGUCUAGCAUGUAUAAAAUAUGUAAUAAAAUAAUAAAUUCCUUAGUCAAGAAUAUUUAUAAAAAAAAAUCAUUAGGAAAAACUCCUUAUUGAAUUCUGUGAUCAAGUUCUGUUUUGUGUCCCUUAAAUACACACUGUAGACUUACUAAUUGUAUUUGAAAUAAAUGUCAAGCGUUGGAUCAUGACUAGCUCAUAAAACAUUUUUCAAAAGUUUUGUUUGUCCAUGUAGGUUUUUUUUAGUGCCUUUUAACAUACGAUUUUACUGAAAAAUAUUGUUCGUUGUUAGACACCAAUGCAUUGUUUUCUUGCUGAAAAUUCUCAACAUCCGCUAGCAUAAGUCCCAAAUCAUUCCAGGCCCUUUACUACUGAUGUAUAUCUCUAAAAUUUGCUUCUGUGGCCUCAUAAAAAAUAGCGAAAAACAUCUACAAUAUACACAAAAUUGUAGAAAAGGAAGAAUUAAGUCCUGUGGGGAUAAGGCAUUAAAAGGGAAAAAAUACGGCUAAGUGUAUUUUGCGCUUCAUUUCUGUGCGCAUGUCCCUUUUGAAUAAGUUUUUGAAAAAUCUGAUCCGUUAAUUUGCAAUUUAAACUCUUCAAUCACGAAACAAAACCCUCUUAAAGGUGCAAGUCUCAAUAUUUGAACAAUAAAUUCUAAGAAAAUUCUUCAAAAUAGCACAAUUUUUUUUUCCCAAAUUGUAGUUUUAUGCUUUCAAUCGGAAAAAGAGAAACUUUUCAACAUCAAAAAUUCAAACUUUUUUUUUUGUAAUUGAAGCUUCAAAAUAGAAAUUGAGAAAGAGAGCUUUUUUGCCACAACUUUUUUUAACUUAAGUGGCGCUCUGAGGAAUUCUGAAUAAAAAAAAGUACUUGUAUUCCUACUGUCCUCCUGCGGCCCAGUGUGGGGGUGUAACAAUUUUCCGAAAAUCCUUCAUAUGGAUUAAAAUUACAAUCAUAAGUCUAGAUAAAGGCGGUCUUUUAUCAUCUUUGAAAAGAUUUCAACUCAAAAGGUUGAGCCUCGUGUUUUUAGUGUAUGGUUUCAAAGCCACUCGCCAAUUAUUUCACUGAUAAAGAAAAACACUGCCUUCACCUUGAAUUGGAUUUUCCAUUUUAAUUUCUCUUUUUCGCAUCAUCUGAUUACACAACUUUUGAGUGAGUUGAGCCAUUCUUUGCAUUUGUCAAGCAUGAUUUGUUUCUCUUUCUCUUUUUAUCUAUUAGAUUAGAUUCACUAUUACUUGUUUUAUCUUGCCAGAUUGAAAAGGUGGUUCCAAAGGGCACUCAAGUUUAGUAACAAAUACAGUUUGCUGAGAGCAUUUGUGUGAUGAUUCAAAGAUUAAAUUUAGUUUGUGUCUUUAUUUUUAUUGUCAGAGCAGUGUUCUUUAGUGCCACAAACUAAAAGGAAUAAAGAAAUUUGAUGAGACUUUGUCAUUGAAGGAGGCAUUUUCUUUUGCAUGUCAUUAAAAAUUAGUGUUCAUCAAUAGCUCUGACAGAGGCGAAAAUGACGGACACUUCGUGCGGUCUGACGAGGCAUUUUAGACCGAAAUGGCUGCAAAGGUUUGCAACGCCUCGGACCUACAUGGUCGUCUACGGUUUGCUGGGAACUAUCCAGGCCAUGAGCUUCGUUUAUUUUACUGUCACGUUAUCGAACAUAGAAAAACGAUUCAAAAUUUCCAGCAAAACAACCGGAAUGAUGCUGAGCGGCAACGAAGUGAGUCAAAUUUUGCUGUCCCUCUUCCUGACAUACGUGGGUGGUCAGAAAAACAGGCCGCUAUGGGUGGCUUGGGGGGUAGCUUGUUCGGCCGUUUCCUGCUUCAUCAUCAUCCUCCCCCAUGUGCUUUACGGGGCCGGCAAGGAUGCCUUGGCACUCACUCACGAGUACAUGGACGAGUCUAAAUUCCACAAUUACACUGAGAAAGAUUCUUUGGAGUUAUGCUCCAACACGACAGCCCCUACUUGCAAGCAGUACACAACAAGUGACUUCUCCGCGGUUCCAACGGUUACAAUAUUCAUUUCUCAGUUUAUUUUAGGAAUAGGAACUACCUUGUACUUCUCUCUUGGCCAAACAUACAUCGACGAUAAUACUGAGAAAACGAAAACGCCGAUGGUUCUAGCUAUCACACUGGCACUGCGCACAAUCGGCCCAGUAUUUGGGUUCCUAAUUGGCUUCAUCUGCAACAGAAUGUAUGUAGAUCCAACGCUAACGCCACAAAUCAGUGAAAAGGAUCCUAGAUGGAUUGGUGCCUGGUGGUUAGGGUGGAUUCUUCUAGGAGUGGCUCAAUUUUUAUUUGCAUUCAUAUUGGCAAUGUUUCCAAAAACUAUGCCUCGAAAAAGCAAAGGACAGCUAGAAGACAACCUAAUGGUGGCCAUUAAUGGCAUGAACACUAUGACGAAAACCAAAGAACUUGAUGGAGAUCAGAAAGGCGAGAAAAUACAACUCGGUGGCCCUUCAAAGACGGUGGAGCUAUCUUUCCAAGAUUUUCUUAAAGCUUUCAAAAGAAUAGUGACCAACAAAAUUUUGAUUGUGAACACGUGGUCGGGGAUUCUUUAUAUUAUAGGAGCCUCAGGGUUUAUCACCUAUAUGGUGAAGUAUUUAGAAGUUCAAUUCCAAAAAUCAGCAGCAGAGAGCAGUAAAGUAACAGGUCCCAUGGCGAUUUUGGCGAUGUGUCUUGGUUACUUAUCAGCUGGAUUUGUCAUCUCAAAAUACAAACCGAAAGCCUUCAAUUUGCUGAUGUGGAAUGUGAUCGGAGGAAUUACUUUUGUUGCGGGCCAAAUGAUAAUACUCAACUUAAGUUGCUCAGAACAGCCUUUAGUUGGAUAUAAUCCCGUACUCAACAGAGUAGAUUUAACGAGCAACUGUAACAGAGAAUGCGGCUGCAUGAACCUAAAAUACAGUCCUGUGUGCCAUCAGCGGUCAGAUCAGACAUUUUAUUCAGCCUGUCAUGCAGGGUGUACGAAAUCGUUCAAGAGUGCCAAUUCGCAGCCCGAAUACGGAAACUGUUCUUGUCCAUUUGCAAUGACGACAGGAGAGAGAUUCAAUAAUGAGAAUUUUAAAAACGAGUUGACUGAUAAUGGUCCUUCUACGCAUACUUGGACCAAAUUUCAAUAUAAAACUGAUGGAGACAACUUUCCGCAAGACACACUAAAAUCAGGGCCUUGUCCAGCAGAUUGCGGCUAUAAUUUUGUGGCAUUCUUAGCUGUUACAAGUGUGAUGCAUUUCAUAACAUCCUCUGGAAAAAUUGGAAAUAUUUUGAUCAACUACCGAGCUGUUUCGGUGGAGGACAAAACAUUCUCACAAGGACUUUCACUUCUAAUGCUCAGCUUGUUUGCUUUCAUUCCGGGUCCCAUUUUAUUUGGACACAUUAUAGACACCACUUGUAUAAUUUGGGAUGAAUCUUGCGGAGGCAAAGGAAAUUGUUGGCUCUACAAUAAAGAUGAAUUUAGGAGGAAACUCAAUUUAACAGCUAUAGUGUUUAUUGCAGGAGGAACUAUUCUAGAUGCUUGGGUGUGUUAUUUGGGCAAAGAUAUAGAUCUUUAUGGUGAAAAAGACUCAGCGCAUCCAGUGGAGAACAAUACAGAAAAGUUAGAAGAGAAAUCAGAGUCUUAGAAUCACUUGUACUUCUUGACGAAUGGACAUCGGCAUGGAGGUGUUUCAUGGGGAUAGAGAUGAUCCCCAAGAGAUAUUUUUGUAUUUUGAAGGGGACCGGUCAUUUACGUACGUAACCAGAUCCUGCAGAAGACCUUCUGUAAUUAUUACACGAACAUCUAACCUGAUUCCUCUGGUUGAAGAUUAUUGGUCCUACUGUAAGGGAAAUAAGGGUGAAAAACGGUUGCCGUUGUAAUCUACCUGACUAUCUUCUUUUCAUGCUUUUUAGAUUCUUCAUCGGCAUGGUGAGAAUGGGAAACAGAGAGGAGGAAGAGAGAGAUAGAGGAGAGAAAGACACACACAUACACACAUGCACCAAUAGAUCACUGAUUUCAGUAAUUUUCCUAUAAGUUUGAAGGCUCUUUUCAUAGACCCUUUUUUCUAUUCAGCUUCUCGAGGAACCUCAAUAAAAUUUUAAACUUCUCUCUCUUUGAAAGAUGAGUUCCCAAAUACCUGGUAUUUCUUGGUUUUUAAAUGAUGGCUUUUCACUUUCUUACUGGGUUAAUUCUUGUUAUCAAAAUUACAUAGGGUGGGGUGGGAUGUUCUCGAUCAACUAUGAUGACUUGAUGUAAAGGUCAAAAUGUAACCGAUGUAAAUUAAAAUUUACUUCGAUAUUUUCUAAAAAAUAUCUAUGCAAAAUAUUUAAAAUGCGUACCAUAAAUAUCAACACACAAUGAUUUUUUGUUGCGGAAGUUCCUGCAUCGUGCCUUAGGUACAUUUGUUUGUUAUUUUCCUCCCUUCAAGGGAAGAUCAUAUGGUAUUACCUACCUCCUCAUUCUGACUAAAGCAAGUAAUGACACUUGAGAUACUGAACAAAGUAAAAAUAUAAAAUGAAACUGAAAUACUAAAACAUUCCUCAAAAUUUUCUCAACUUUAAACCCUUUUGAAUUCUCCUUACGCACAAUAAAA